GUUGGCCAACGCAGCCGCUGGCGUCGCGGUGGUAGACUUUUUGGAGUAUCAUCCGCUCGGGUUUGGCCACGUUGUUUCGUUGAACAACGCCGCGUUGCCGGCUACUUAACUGAAAGAACUUCCCCUAUCAAGCAGUGCCGUUGUUGUCCGUCUUGUCACGAUGUUGCUUAGGUUAUUGCCUCUUUUUGCAAUCUUUGGGGUCUCGCUCGUUUCUUCGAGCGACGUACUCGAUUAUUCGGGCUCUGACUUCGAAGACAGAGUAAAAGAACACGACACUCUCUUGGUUGAGUUCUUCGCCCCAUGGUGCGGACAUUGUAAAAGGUUGGCUCCAGAAUACGAGAAGGCAGCAACAAGUUUGAAGUCUCACGAUCCUCCAGUGCCUCUGGCCAAGGUCGAUUGUACGUCAGACAGUGGCAAAGACACAUGCUCCAAGUUUGGAGUCAGUGGCUACCCAACACUCAAGAUCUUCAAGCAGGGAGAGUUUUCCGCGGAAUACAGCGGUCCCCGAGAGGCCAAUGGCAUCAUCAAGCACAUGAAAUCUCAAGUUGGUCCAAGCUCCAAGGAAGUGUCCUCUGUUGAGGAGCUCGAGAAGCUUGUGUCGAAGGACCAGGUGGUUGUAGUCGGUUUCUUUGCUGAUAAGGCCUCUAAGCUGAAGGAGGAGUUCUUGAAGUUAGCCGACAAGCAGAGAGAAGCUGCAGCAUUUGCGCACUCGUUCGUCGGUGAUGUUCACAGCAAAUAUGGCUACACAGACAAGGUCGUCCUGUUCCGUCCCGGUCUGCUGAGCAACAAGUUUGAAGAGAGCCAGCUUGUGUACGAUGGCGAAGUCUCCCGAAGUGAGCUGGAGAAGUUUGUCGAAGACAACUACCACGGUCUGGUAGGCCACCGUACCCAGGACAACCACCAACAGUUCAAGACCCCUCUGCUGGUUGCCUACUAUGACGUUGACUAUGUGAAGAACCCCAAGGGCACCAAUUAUUGGAGGAACCGCAUACUCAAGGUUGCUCAGAACUACAAGGGAAAACUCAACUUUGCUGUCAGCAACAAGGACAGCUUUGCAGCCGAGAUGGACGAGUUUGGUGUUUCCAGCAAAGCUGGCAAGCCUGCAGUGGCCCUCCGCAAUGCCAAGGGAGAGAAGUUCCGUAUGAGUGACGACUUCAGUGUCGAAAACUUCUCGAAGUUCCUGGAAGACUUCUUCGAGGGCAAACUGAAGGCUCACCUCAAGUCCGAGCCCGUCCCAGAAUCCAACGAUGGCCCCGUCAAGGUGGCUGUUGCCGAAAACUUCCAGGAGCUGGUCAUGGAUAGUGGGCGCGAUGCCCUGGUUGAGUUCUAUGCCCCCUGGUGUGGACACUGCAAGAAACUGGCACCCACGUACGAGGAGCUCGGAAAGGAGCUUGCUGGUGAGGAGGUUGACAUUGUCAAGAUGGAUGCCACAGCGAAUGAUGUGUUGCCGCCCUUCGAGGUUUCUGGGUUCCCCACUCUCUACUGGGUACCAAAGGAUGACAAACAGAAUCCAGUGCGCUACGACGGCGGCAGAGACCUCAAAGACUUCGUCGCAUACGUUGCCAAACAUUCCACGAGUGAACUCAAAGGUUACGACCGUUCUGGUGCUAAGCGGUCUAAAGAGGAACUCUGAGGGGCUCGUUUUAAUACGUUGUUUUGUUAUUUUAUUUUGUGGGGCAUUGUGUAAAAUAAAAACGGGAUUGUCUUCUUUGUA